GAUAACACAAUGGAAACCUGGUCAGUGGGUCAGGUCUGCAGCUGGUUGGUGAGGAAGAAUUUAGGAGAAUUGGUGCCCAGGUUUCAAGAGGAAGAAAUAAGUGGUGCCGCUCUCCUAGCCCUUAACGAUCGCAUGGUUCAGCAAUUGGUAAAGAAAAUUGGGCACCAGGCUAUUCUGAUGGAUCUAAUUAAAAAAUAUCAGCAGAGCAGUCAAGAACUGAAACCCCCUGGGAGCCCCAGAGAAAGCGCCCUGCUAAGAGGAAGAGAAAGAGCCCCAGAGUAAAGAGACGAGCAGUUCUCCAGCCCAGCUGAUGGCAGGGAGCACAUGCCUUCUUUUCAUCCAGCGGAAAACCUUGGCAAUGGACUGAUUGACCAAAGAGUCCUGAAACAGAGGAGGAAUGUGAAGCAUGUUCUAGCAAGGAAUAAAGCAUUACAGUGGACUCAAUCCUACGUGCUACCAGAGUUUCCCUACGACGUCAAAUGCAUGCUAGCCGAGCAGAAGUGUCCUGAUCACAGCAUGAGGAUCAGGAUGAUUGAGUUUCUCCAGGCGGACAUGACUAAGUAUCUGGAGGGCUCCCUGUAUCCCAGCACCCAGCAGUACAAUGAUGUGGUCAACACCCUACUUCAGGCUCACCCUUUCCUGGACGAGGAUGGCUGUGGCUUUUUUCUAUGGAAACGAGCACUCAAAGAUCGGUUUAAGUAUGUUCGAAGGCCCAUCGAAGAUGAUGAGCAAGUGAUGAGGAAUAAGUGUAAAUUUGGACACCGAAGAGGUCAGACACGGAAAUCUCUUGCUGAUCUAAGAUGUGAUGAAUUUCGUAUUGUCCAGAUAAAAGAAGAAGCCGUUCCUUUAUAUUCUGAAGUAAAUGAACACAUUAACUGGUUUCAACGAGAAUAUGUAAAAACAGAAAAGGACUGGAAAGAGAUUGACAACAGGAUGAGCCAAACUUUGGAACUGAGAAGAAAAUUGAUAGACAGCAGAACGCCUCUGAAGGAAAUUCUUAAAAUGUUUCCUUUCUUAAAGUGCCCCCACCAGAUGUUUAGAGAAUUCCAACUUCUUACAAGAACAGACAUUUAUAAGAAAACAAAGCACAUUUUGGAAUCCUACUCAGAAAAUAUACUGGCUUCUUAUAUCGUGGCGGAUAACCCAAUCACUAUUAUUUUGCAAGAAAAAAUGAAAGAGCACACAGAUGAAGACAUGCUAAAACAUAUGAAGAUGACGGCCACAUGUUUACUCCUACCAGAUGUUUUUGGGGAUGAUCCUAGCCUUUUUGUUGCUGUGAACGAGAAGGUACAGGUGUCGACACCCGUGUUAGAAGUCAGGAACCCCUUCGACAUCAGCGACUGUGAAUAUUCUUUGUAUUUAGAAAAAGAGAGGCUCACGAAGGUGGAUGACUGUGUCGUGGCCUUGGCUGCCCUCGUGGCGGCCUUUCAUGUGUUUGGGAUUAAGUGUCCACAAGGACUGUGCCAAACCCUUCGAUUCCUGAAGACACAGAUUUUAGAUAUGCACCAUCCCCACUUUCCCUCUUAA